AUGUCAUAAAAUAUUGAUUAAGAAUGAAUCGAGUCAAAGUCAUUCAAGUCUUAAGAGUUCCUUUAGACAAUAUGUUUCGUCUAUCACAAGUUCGAAGAGCAUAUUGUAUGUGUAUUUUAAUUAGAUUAGACUAUUUUUCUAGGGCAUACAUCCCAUUUACAUAAUAUAUUCUUUUAAAUGGAUCCACAUUCAUUUUGUUUCAUCUCAUGUUAUUAGAAUUUUCUAACAAUCCAAACAGCCAGGCAAGGAGGGGGCCCCACUUGGCCCAUCUCAAGUCGGUACUCACUCCACUUCACAAAACGUUAAAUGGCCAAAUUUGGGGAGAGAACGACUUGGCUUCAAUGCCCUUAAAAUCCUUCCACAUUCUCACCAUGCACUCCUCGUUUACCCUCUCACUUGCCCUCCGCUGCCUCUACCUCUCCCCCAAAAUGACGUCAUCUUCUUCCCCGGAAAUUGUCCUCACUAGCUCCCCUGACGGCCUUAUCAUCGCCUUCGAUCCUUCCUCCGGUGCCACUCUUGCUCGCUUCGCCGGAAGUUGCUCGCCCCGCAAAGGCCUUAUCCUCGCCGGAAAAACCCACCUCGCCGCCUCCCACAUUUCCCCCAGCACCGGCACAGGCUCCAUCCACCUCUACAACUGGUGGUCUUGCACCGCCUUCCGCCACCUCCCCCUCCCAGAACCCGUCGCUCCCCUCGCCGCCACUCACGAUGGCUCGUACCUCUUUGCCGGCGGCAUUUCCGGCCACGUCCAUGCCAUCUCCCUUCCUUCGGGAGACACAGUUCGGUCAUUUUCAGCUCAUAGCAAACCAAUUUCUUGCCUGGAAAUCAGCUUUGACGGCUCUCUUCUGCUAUUGGGCGCCGAUGAUGGGGCCAUCCUCGUUUUCCCAAUUUUUAAACUCGUGGAUGUGUCUUCCGCAACUGAUCAGAGGGAUUCAAGGCACUUCGUAUUGCAUCAAUUUGUCGGGCACGCGGCGCCGGUGACCGCCAUUACUUCCGGCGUGGCAGGGUGGAGCUCGACGAUCGCCUCGUGCUCGCUGGAUUGUACUUGCAUGUUCUGGAGCCUUCUGCAAAGGACGCGGCUCUGGACGGUGACGUUUCCGUGCACGAUUUAUGCGGUGGCUGUCGACCCGACGGAGUCGGAGUUCUACGCCGGAGGGUCGGACGGGUUGGUGUACGGUGGAGCAAUGAAGGCCGUGAGAAGAGGGCCGGCGAACCGGAGUCGUGAAACGGUGGCAUGGGCGCAGCGCCAUGGUGGAGCAGUGAUGAGCUUGGUGCUCAUCAAUGGCGGACGGAACUUGGUGUCGGCUUCGGAAGAGGGGAGCGUGUGGGUUUGGGAAUUGGAGAGGAGGGAGGUGAUUAGGGUUCUUGGGGCGGAUCUGGGGAGAAUUAGCGAUUUGGUGGUGGCGAGAGGGGUUGCAAACGGAAAGGGAGGCGGUGGAAAUGAAGGCGUCGGCGAUGGGUGGGGGGAGGGGUAUUGUCGUAGAGAGUUGCAGCGGCCGGCGAGGGAGAUAUCAGGAAUAGAGGACAUGUUGAAUGAGGUGGUGAAGGACCGGAGCAAAGCCAUUGAUAUGCUGGAAUCAGCCAUUAAAAUGUAUGAGAGGCUCUUGGAGCUCAUUCUGAAAGAAGCCAAGGGAGGGGACAACAGGAACAAGAACAGGGCUGAUGAUCAGCUCAGAAAUGGCUUAUAAAUUUCUCAUUCUACUUUAAUUUGUAGUGUCUGUUCCAAAACCAAAAAGAAAAAAAGGAAAAAAAAAAAAAACAAAGCACAGUGCUUGUACUUUUCACCUCUGUUCUUGGUUCAUCUAGAUGGGAAGAGGUAGAAACUGCAAUGUCUGAUCUUCAGGCCUCAGAAAAAGGUAGCUUUGUUUGUUUAGCUUGGAUUCCUCUGCAUUAGUGUAGAUUUUGACAAAUAUAAUUUCAAAAUUAUAUUAUGUUUGAUUUAAA